UCCCUCCCUCCCUCCCUGCCUGCCUCCCUCCUCUCCGUGCGCACCGAGCGAGACUCCGCCGCCGCUCUCCUGCAUUAUUCAAACAUGGCGAAACUCUUUGCCAUCCCAGCGCCUCGGUCACCGUCCUCCGCUCCACCGUCAGCGUCGCCCCUAAAGUCGCCAUCUUUACCGGCACCGGCACCAUUAUCUCCGGCACCGUGAUGACCCGGGAGGAUGGAGAAGUUGUCGGCGAGCCUGUCGGAGAUCACUUGGAGCCCCUUGGCGCUGCCGCUGGACGCGGUGGUCAGCAAGCACCGCCUGCCCACUCUGGUCCGCUUGGCCCACGGUGAAUGCGUGGAGGGCCUGUCGGAGGACGACGUGGUGCUCCUGCACUCCUGUCGUCAGUGGACCACCGUGACGGCCCACAGCUUGGAGGAGGGACACUACGUCAUCGGGCCCAAGAUUGACAUCCCGCUGCAGUACCAGGGCAAGUUCAAGUUACUGGAUGAGGAUCGUGACGUCAGGGAUCCGGUCCAGUAUUUCUCCAGCGUGGAGGAAGUUGCCGGAGUCUUCCCUGACCGGGUCUUUGUCAUGGAGACGAUCGCGUUCAGCGUCAAGGUGGUUUCCGGCGAGUUCAGUGAGGACAGCGAGCCCUACAGCUUCACCCUGCAGGCUGGAGACGAGCUGUCGCUCAUGGGGAAGGCGGAGCUUCUGUGUGCCACACCCCCAAAGGAAAAGACGGGCCUGAGCGCGCUGUUGAGGCGGCUCGGAAAGACUCCAAGAAGUAAAACGCCCUGCCUGGUCUGCAUGAACCAUCGCACCAACCAGAGCGUCAGUCUGCCCUUCGGUUGCCGCGGACGCUUCUGCACACGCUCCCCCCUGGAGCAAGGCAUGCUGGGAGGGGAGCACACGGUGCGCAGCAUCAUCGAGCGAGUCCGCCUGCCCGUGAACGUCUCCGUGCCGUCCCGGCCGCCGCGGAACCCCUUCGACCGCCACGCCGUGCGCGAGGGCCACCGCUACAAGCUGCUCAACAUCGUCAGCAAGACGGUGGUGCUCUGUUUGGUGCUCCGGCGGCAGGAAGUCUCCCCCUCGCACUUCCUGCUGCUGCGCUGCAUGCCCCGUUUUAACGUGGCCGAGGCGUCCGUUCACACGGCGGCACUCGAGAGCCUCUUGCUGAGGCACGCCUUCGACCCGGACGCCUACUCCCGGGCCGUCAGAGAGACGCGGCCGGAGCUGGAGUGUAUGACGGAGGAGUGCGUGAGCCCCCGGCGCUCUCGGCUGUGCGUGUCGGGUCAGGACUCGCUGGCUCCGGCCCUGCAGCGCUUCUCCAUGUGCGGCUACGUGGGCGGGGUUUCAGACAACCUGCCGCAACACUGCAGGGACUCCCUGGGAGACCGGCUGGGGGAGGGGACCGGCGACGAGAGGGAGUAUGUGACUCCUGAGUGGAGUGAGGAUGAACUGAGGACCAGUGAGGAGAUCCCCUACGAAGAACUCUGGACCAAUCAGAACGCAGAGAGCUUGGGGAAAGAACCAAACUUUAUAUCCUUCCACACGUCUUCCUCGUUGGACGGUUCUCUUGGUACCAUGGUGACAAGAGUGUCUACCCCGCCACCUAUACCUCCAAAAUCUGAUGCUGUGAGGGAGGAGUGCCGCUAUUUGCUCGCCCCUCCGGUGCCGCCGCGCUGCUCCAAAGGAGGCUCCAUCUCCAGCCCGGCCCCGAGCCCCCCCGUUCCACCUCGCUUCCUCAAAACCUCUACCUCCCCGAGACCAAACCUCUCCUUCUACUCCUCCGGUCUGCAUGACAGCUGCUCGCCUUCUCCGGGUGCCACCCUCUACUGUUACCCGUGUUCCUGGGCCGACGGUCCUGCUCCCGGUCCAGCCGGUCCCGAUCCGGUGUCCGCCGUCCCUGCAGAGAGCACAGCCAGCACACAGCCUGCACAGGCCACCUGGGCAGAGCCGUGGGCGGAGUCCUUCACAACCCCCACACCUCGACUCAGGCCACCGCCCCCACAGAGCAGAUUCGCACCGUUCGGUGCAUUAAACCCCUUCAACCGUCAGUCGCCCUGCCCCUCGCCCGAACCUGCUACCAAUCCCACAAAUGAUUCUUCCAGAGGCGCAGAAGGCGGCGGGACAUCAGCGAGCGGCAUUGAUGGCUCCCCCCCCCCACCGGACCCCACCUGGAGGCCUCCUGCUGACCUCUCUGCACUAUCGUUGGAGGAGGUGUCAGCAAGCCUGCGGUUUAUCGGCCUGCCAGAGGCGGCUGUGGCCGUCUUCCAGAGGGAGCGGAUCGACGGCAGUCUUUUGGUGCAGCUGACUGAGGACAUUCUGUCACAUGACUUCCACCUGAGCCGUCUCCAUGUGACCAAAAUCACACAGUUCAUACAGGGCUGGAGGCCCAAAAUCUGACCCUCACUAUCCUGAUGAUGUGCCUGUUGGCUUCUCAGCCGUCCUGAAUGUGCCUUCCACUGUGACCUACUGACUGCUGAGCCCCGCUGCUUAAAAGCCCAAGGAAACCACGCCCCACAGUGGUUAAACUGCAGAACUGACUCUUGACUCUAUGACUGCAGAUGCUCUUCUCUUGCAUUUCAGACUGGAACUGGUUUACUAACAUUGGCUCCAGAUGAGAAUAA